CGUCAUCACGCUGCGACAGAGCGACUCACUCUUGGCGCCAAAUACUGUACGAAGAGUUAUUACGCGCUGUUGCUGCAACAGCAACAAAAAGAGUUAAUGACAGCCGUUGGAGAUGGAUAUACGCAGAUUCUUUGCACCGAAGCCCGGCCAGGGGGGCGGCAGCAGCAGCACAGAUGACGAGCCGAAGAAUAAAAGGAAACUCGCUUCCAAAACUACAAGCUCCAAAUUGGAGGAGAAACGAUCGGCCAAACGGAAAAAGAGGGUCAUCGCUGAUUCAGAUGAGGAAGAAGAGGAGAAGAAAGGAAAGAAAAGCCCUAAAGAGAAGCCUGCAGAAUCUAGGAAGAAAGAUCCGGUGACCUUUGUGUCAGAUUCAGACUCUGAUGAGGCCUUUCUGUCGUUGAAAAAGCCUUCGAAACACAAAGAGAACGGCUGCAGCAAAGAGAAGAAGGACGCUGAGCCGAAGGAGACGAAAUCAAAGCAGGUAAAAACGUCUUCAGUGAAAUCUCCGAGCACGAAGAGCGAAGCGAAGAAGAACGCCCUCAGUCCGACUCCACCGAAGUCGACGCCGCCCAAACCCACCCCCACCUCUGUGUUUGAUUAUUUCGGGAGCUCCUCGGCGAAGAGAUCGGAAAAGAAGCUGGUGGCCAGUACGAGCACCAAGAGGAAAGCGCCUACGCAGGAUGUUGAUGAAACUCACGCUGAUGAAGCUAUUGCUAAACAGUUACAGAUGGACGAGGACAUGGAGUUGGAGAAGCAGAUCCAUGAAGAUGAGGAGUUUGCUCGGACCCUAGCCAUGUUCGAUGAGGCCCCGGUGACUAAAAAGGCUCGUGUGGAGUCGCGUUCGCCCUCGAAGAUCAGCUCUCAAGCAAACGUUGCAGAGCCCAAGCCUGUCCUGAAGAAACCUUCACCCAAGAAACCUUCACCCAAGAAACCUUCACCCAAGAAACCUUCACCCAAAAAACCUUCACCCAAAAAACCUUCACCGAAGAAACCUUCACCUAAGAAGAGUCCAGUCAAAGCCAGUUCCAAACUGGCUCUGAUGAAAAAGAAAGCUGAUGAAGAGGAGGAACGGAGGAAAAGUGAGAAGGAGGAGAAGAAAAGCAAACUUGUCUCCCCGAAGAAAGAGCCAGUCUCACCAGUUUCAUCAGAAACAGCGGCCACUCCUAAAUCAAGUGUUAAUGCAGGAAGCGCAAAACGCAUUUCCACUCCUAAGAGUGAAGCAGGAAGUAAUAAGACAUCUCCUACAAAACCUGAGACCAGUCCCGAGGACUCUGAGAAGAAGCGUUUGAAUUCUACUGCAUAUCGAAACUACCUGAACCGAGAAGGACCUCGCGCUCUGGGCUCUAAGGAGAUCCCGCAGGGAGAGGAGAACUGCCUUGAGGGAUGUGUGUUUGUCCUAACGGGUGUUUUGGAGUCUAUGGAGAGGGACGAAGCGAAGUCACUUAUAGAACGCUACGGCGGAAAAGUCACGGGAAACGUCAGCCGGAAAACCACGUACCUGGUCCUGGGUCGAGAUAGCGGAGUCUCCAAGACUGAGAAGGCACAAGGUUUUGGCACCAAGAUCAUAAAUGAGGAUGAGCUGCUGGAAUUGAUUCGAACCAAACCAGGCAAAAAGUCCAAAUACGAGAUUGCUGCAGAAGCUGAGAGUAAAGCCGCCAAAUCCAGGACCCCAGACCCUAAAACCAAAGGCACCCCUACAGGACGCAGAGUUUCUCCCCGAAAACCCCUUGCAAACAAGAGCAGUCCCUCGCCUGGGAAACCUCGUAUGUCUUCCUCUUCUCCUGGAGCUUCAAGCCGAGGCUCUUCAUCAGAGAUCAGAAAGACUCUGGAAUUCAGUGCGGGAAAACGCACUGCCUCCACGACGGAGGAUGAUGCCAGCAGCUUGUUGUGGGUGGAUAAGUACCGCCCCCGCAGCCUGAAGAAUCUGAUUGGACAGCAGGGUGAGCAGAGCUGUGCCAAUAAGCUGCUGAGAUGGUUGAAGAGCUGGCAUAAAAAUCAUAGCGGCAACGCCAAACCAUCAGCUGCUAGGUUUGGGAAGUUUGGAGGUAAAGACGACGGUACUGGGUUUAAAGCUGCUUUGCUCUCUGGACCUCCUGGUGUAGGGAAGACCACAACUGCUGCUCUUGUGUGUGAGGAGUUGGGUUACAGUUACGUGGAGAUGAACGCCAGCUGCACCCGCAGCAAGAACAGUCUAAAGGAAGUCAUUGCUGAGUCUCUUAAUAACACGAGCAUUAAGAAUUUCUACUCAGGUGCAGCUCAGACGGUCAGCGAUAAACAUGUUCUCAUAAUGGACGAAGUGGACGGCAUGGCAGGGAACGAGGACAGAGGAGGAAUACAGGAGCUGAUUGGUCUGAUAAAGAAUUCAAAGAUCCCCAUUAUUUGCAUGUGCAACGAUCGUAACCAUAUGAAGAUCCGCUCACUUGCUAAUUACUGCUUCGACCUGCGUUUCCAGAGGCCUCGUGUGGAACAGAUAAAGGGUGCCAUGAUGUCCAUUGCAUUUAAAGAAGGUUUAAAGAUCCCGCCCCCGGCCCUGAACGAGGUCAUCCUGGCGUCAAAUCAGGACAUUCGUCAGGUGCUGCAUAAUUUGAGUAUGUGGUCAGCCACGGACAAGGUCAUGACCUAUGACCAGGCGAAAGCAGACGCUAACAAUGCCAGGAAAGACAUGAAAAUGGGACCAUUUGACGUCUGCAGGAAAGUGUUUGUCUCAGGUGAAGAAACCGCCCACAUGACCCUGAUCGACAAGUCAGACCUUUUCUUCCAUGACUACUCGCUGGCACCGCUGUUCGUCCAAGAGAACUAUAUAAACGUCCGGCCAGUCGCCGCAGGGGGAAAUCUGAAGAAUCAUUUAGUGCUGCUGAGUAAAACGGCAGACAGCAUCUGUGACGGAGAUUUAGUGGAUAGACAGAUCCGCUCUCGCCAGACCUGGUCUCUGUUACCCACGCAGGCAAUCUAUGCCAGUGUGCUGCCUGGGGAAUUAAUGCGUGGCUAUAUGAGUCACUUUCCUACAUUUCCCAGCUGGCUGGGGAAGUUUUCAUCCACUGGAAAACACAGUCGCAUUGUACAGGAGCUUUCCUCACACAUGAGUCUGAAGACACUGAGCAGUAAGCAGGCAGUGAACCUAGACUACCUUCCCUAUAUGCGCUCUGCCCUGCUGGAGCCGCUGCGGAGUCAUGGCGCAGAGGGAGCCGGUCAGAGCGUGAAGCUCAUGGACGACUACAACAUUGUCAAAGAGGAUUUCGACAGCAUCAUGGAGAUCAGUACGUGGGGUGGACAACCUGAUCCGUACUCCAAGCUUGACUCCAAGGUGAAAGCUGCUUUCACACGGGCUUAUAACAAGGAGUCCCACUUAACGCCAUACUCGCUGCAGGCUGUAAAGAAAGGUCGCAGAGGAACAGUCGAUGUUGAUCUGUCUUUAGAUCCUGAGAAUGACCUCCAGGCUCAGGAAGAGGAGGAGGAGAAGGAAACUGUUGAUACCGAUGCCAUGAUCAAGCAAAAGAAGGCAAAGCCUACUAAAGAGGUGAAGCAGGAGAAAGCGGGCAGUUCUGGAAAGGGCAAAGGCAAAGGAAAAGGCAAGAAGUGAACUGAGAAAGAGACAUUACAGUAGAGCAUCAUGUAAAGUGCUCAUUCCUACUUUCUGAGGAGAACGCUGAUGGCAGCUGGCAAACAUCAGAGCUUCUUAGGGCUAUCUAAAGGUCAGUUUUAACACUGAAUGACGGGUGGAACGAGGAGGCCUUUCCAGCAAUUAAAAAUGACUGGAAGGCCACACCGUCGUCUUGCACUCAACUGGAUAAAAACGAGCAAUAACAACAGGGAGCGCGCGCACACACACACACACACACACACACACACACAGCACUCAUUUACACACAAAAAGUACUUAAAAACCAUCUGUGACAUCAAACAUCUCUCAUUAUAACCUUUACUCUCAUUACACUUUCCUUUUCCUUACUGUUUAACUCGCAGCUCUUAUAAGGUUACAUAAGCACUAUGCACGAAUCACAUCCUGCUCUCAAAGCUUCCUAAGAUGAUGAUGUACACUCGAAUG